CAACCAUUUGAGACAUUUCUUUGAAGCUUUCAGCUAUGGCGUCGAGACCAACAGCGAGAAUGGUGCUGAGGCGAAGGACUCAAGCUCCGAAGCCAGUGGGCGUGAAAGUGGAAGAUGGGUCGGAGUCAGAAAAUGGGUCGGGGUCGGAUUCAGAGUACGACGGCGUUAGCUGCCAGGAAUGUGGGUCGGGUGAUUUCGGGUCGAAGCUUCUUCUGUGUGACAAAUGCGAUAAAGGGUACCAUUUGUUUUGCCUUAGGCCCAUCCUUGUCUCCGUCCCCAAAGGCUCUUGGUUUUGUCACUCUUGCUCCAAUCGCCAUAACAAGUUGAAGUCAUUCCCCCUUGUUCAAACCAAAAUUGUUGAUUUCUUCCGCAUUCAAAGAUCUUCAGACUCAAGAAACAAACUAGUUGAAGAUUACCGAAAGAAACGGAGGCGACCUAGUAGCAUAGUGAUAUCAAAGAAGAGAAGAAGGUUGUUACCAUUCAACCCGAGUGAGGAUCCUGCGAGGAGAUUAGAGCAAAUGGCGUCACUUGCAACGGCAUUGACAGCCACUCGAACAGAAUUUAGUAAUGAACUCACAUACAGACCUGGCAUGGCACCGAGGUCAGCUAAUCGUGCAGCCCUUGAGCUGGGGGGAAUGCAGGUAUUGUCAAAAGAAGAUAAUGAAACCUUAAAUUUGUGCCAGAACAUGAUGGAGACGGGGGAAUGGCCACCUCUCAUGGUUGUUUUUGAUCCUCAAGAAGGGUUCACGGUUGAGGCAGAUAGAUUUAUAAAGGACUUAACGAUAAUUACAGAAUAUGUUGGAGAUGUUGAUUACUUGAAGAAUCGUGAAAAUGAUGAUGGGGAUAGCAUGAUGACAUUGCUUUCUGCGACUGAUACUUCAAAAAGCCUUGUCAUUUGUCCUGACAAGCGUAGUAACAUUGCGCGCUUCAUCAAUGGCAUUAACAAUCACACGUCGGAAGGUAGAAAGAAGCAGAAUCUCAAAUGUGUGAGGUUUGAUGUCAACGGACAGUGUCGGGUCUUACUGAUUGCAAACAGAGAUAUACGAAAAGGAGAGAGAUUGUACUAUGAUUACAAUGGAUAUGAGAAUGAAUACCCAACUGAGCAUUUUGUCUAACACUUUUUCCUUGUCACACAUACCCUCACGGCCUCAUUGAGUUCAAUGAAAGCAUUUGGCCACUAACAGGCUAAUUAUAUUGUCAA